GCAUCUGAUUGGUUGACAGGCGGGAUUAGCGACGUCCUACGGUAACACUUUCGAUUGUCUUUCUCUACUACAUUUUUCCCCUAACCAUCCAAGCUCAAAGGCUAUCAAUCCGUUGGAGUCAACCGUUGAUCGAGAGCGUCUCUAGGGAUUAAGCAGCGGUUCAUUCCCCUCCUUUGAUCAGUCGAGUGUCCCAUAGACCUAGAAACACUCACAGACUUAAAGAAAAGCAGCAGGAUGGACAGAACAGAGCUCAUCCAGAAGGCGAAGCUGGCCGAGCAGGCCGAGCGCUAUGACGAUAUGGCAGCCUGUAUGAAGUUGGUGACUGAAGCUGGGUCCGAGCUGUCUAACGAGGAGAGAAACCUGCUAUCCGUCGCCUAUAAGAACGUGGUAGGUGCCCGGAGGUCUGCCUGGAGGGUCAUCUCCAGCAUCGAGCAGAAGACUGAAGGAAACGACAAGAAACUGCAGAUGGUGAAGGAAUACCGGGAGAAAGUGGAGUCCGAACUGCGAGACAUCUGCAACGAUGUGUUGGAGCUGCUGAACAAAUAUUUAAUUGAGAAUUCCACAAAUCCCGAGAGCAAAGUCUUCUACCUGAAGAUGAAGGGCGACUACUACAGAUACCUUGCUGAAGUUGCCUCAGGAGAUGACAAGAAAGCAACCAUAGAAAACUCUCAGGAUGCUUACCAGAAAGCAUUUGAUAUAAGCAAGACAGAGAUGCAGCCAACACACCCCAUUCGUCUGGGUCUGGCCCUAAACUUUUCUGUCUUUUUCUACGAGAUCCUUAACUCUCCAGAUAAGGCCUGCGCCCUUGCUAAACAGGCAUUUGAUGAGGCCAUAGCAGAGCUUGAUACGCUGAACGAAGAGUCUUACAAAGACAGCACUCUUAUCAUGCAGCUACUGAGAGACAACCUCACAUUAUGGACAUCUGACAACGCACCAGAUGAGGGAGAAGGAGGCGAGGGAGGAGAGAACUAAUCUACACACUCCUUCAGCAAAGAAAACAACCUUUUUACACAUCUUUCCCUUAUCACUCCAUGUCAGAAUUCCUCCAGUAAAGAUCAAACCCAUGAUUAAUGAAGAGCUGUUUAUGAAAAAAAAAAAAUCAUUUAGUCUUUUCACAAGUGCAGCUUUUGGACAAGAAAAGAAAGAUAUUUGGGGAGAAACCCUGUUCCUUAGUUUGUUUGUCUUGGCCUUCCAUAAUGUGCAGUUUCUGCUGUAGAAAAGUAUGACUAGUGUCAUUUUAUACAAACAUAAUCUUAAAGUAAUAGUUAACGGAAAAUAAAUUAAUGAAUAAAUUAAAAAUAAGGACAUGCAUUUCAUCACAGCUAAGUCUGAGACUAAAAAGUAAUUGCAGGGAUAUUAAAAGCAUUUAGAUAACUGUUGUCAUAUACACCUACUGUAUCUUGUACUUUAACACUCUUACCUGUUUCACCUCAGCACUACCACAGGUUGUGCACUUCCACUGAAAGCGGUGGUCAGUCACGCUUUAGAUAGUUCGAUAUGGAAAUUUAACAAAAAAAAAAGACGUUUGUUGAAAUGGCGUGCAUUUCAGAUUUUACUUGGAAAUAUUAGCAUCUGCAGUGGUAUGUAGUAUCUGACGGUCCUCAGUUUAUAAACUGUUAAUUAUAUAUUUACAGUUUUUCACUUGAUUUUGGUCUGUUUAGUGUUCCCUUUGUUUUUUUUUGGAAAUCAAAAUCAUCCAUAGAAAUUAAAACCAUUUGUAAGAUGACUUAGGGCAUAUUUUAUUUUAUUUGUUUAGUAAUGCAAUGUUAAAAGUGAAACUGUGCAUUUAGCAGUACCCAACUAGCAUGCAGACCAGUUCUGACACGAUCUGUGGCACAAUGUGGUAAUAUGGUCUUGAUGGUUUGAUUCACGUAUUAAUGGCCCACUCUAGAAAUUUAUUUCACAUAACGCAUGUUAAGAACGAUAGAAGUCCAGAAACAAGUAUCUUUCUUCUGACUGCUAGCGUUGAAUUUGUGUUGUUGGCAAAUAACAUUGCCUGUGUAUGUCCAGAACACUGGAAUGGGAAUCAAUGCCAUAUUGCCAAUAUUAAAGUUCUGUUUAGUACUUUUCAAUGCAUUGUGCACAGGUGUGUGGUUGUCCAGAGAGUGUCAUUAUAGUUUG